CACUUCGUCCAGCAUAGAGAACUUCAGAAGCGGUGAGGUGAGCGACGCGGACGUCGCCAUGACAGCCAGGAAGACUUCAAACUCAAAGCAAAACAAUGGGGAUAAAUAUUCGGUGUUAUUACCCACCUAUAACGAAAGAGAAAACCUCCCUUUGAUUGUGUGGCUUUUGGUGAAAUAUUUUGAUGAAAGUGGUUACAAAUACGAAAUUAUCGUCAUUGACGACGGAAGCCCCGAUGGAACAUUAGAGGUGGCCGAACAGCUCCAAACAAUAUAUGGCGAAGACAAAAUUCUUCUUCGGCCACGAGCAUCAAAGUUAGGCCUGGGCACUGCUUAUAUCCAUGGCAUGAAGCACGCAACAGGAGAUUUCAUCUUCAUAAUGGAUGCUGACCUCUCCCAUCAUCCCAAAUUCAUCCCAGAAUUCAUUGCGAAACAGAAGGAAGGCGAUUACGAUUUGGUGUCGGGUACACGAUACCGAGGCAACGGCGGUGUCUAUGGAUGGGACCUGCGCAGGAAACUCAUCAGUCGGGGUGCAAACUUUCUGACACAAGUGCUGUUGAGGCCCGGAGCUUCUGACCUCACGGGAAGCUUUAGAUUGUAUAAGAAGAAAGUCCUUGAGAGUCUGGUUGAGCGCUGCGUGUCCAAAGGUUACGUCUUUCAAAUGGAAAUGGUUGUCCGAGCCAGACAACUCAACUACACUGUUGGAGAGGUUCCCAUCUCUUUCGUGGAUCGAGUCUACGGCGAAUCCAAACUGGGAGGGAAUGAAAUUGUGUCAUUUGUGAAAGGCCUGCUCACGCUUUUUGUCACGACAUGAUCAAUCCAUAUAUGCCAAAUGACCUGAGAGAACUGUAUAUUGAGAACGUGAUACAAUUUAAAUUGGCCUGUGAUAUGAAAAAGAUUCCUCAACCUUGUUUUAUGUAUUGAUAACAAAUUAUAAGCGCCCAUAAGUUAGAAGUCAAUUGAUUCGCUUGAUACUGGAGGCCAUUUCGAGUUGGACAUUCUCAUUGUGCUCCUCAAUUGACUUUGCACAAAGUGGGUAUGCUGUCCCAUCAUCCCCAAGGCAACAUUUGACAAAAAUAAUGCUGGAUGUCAGAACGGGUGCGCCAUCAACAAUUUGGAUAACCCACCAAAUAUGUUCAAUCACAAUGUUUGAGAUACACAAGGGUACCAGAAACUUGUUUGAGUCUAAUUCUGCCGGAUGUGAUGCAUCCCAAAUGGGAGGUGGUGACUGUUUCCUUGCAUUUCUUUUUAACCAAUCAUGUUGCAAUAUACUAACUGACUGUUUCACUGCACAAUGUGCAGGUUGUUCAUCAACUUCAGAAAAUUAAAAAAAUAAACCCCACAACAGA